CGCUUUUACAGCUCUGUGUCUGUGAUGUAGCUCCAGAUGAAAGUUGGCACAGUCCUGUUGGCUAAAGUGUCAGGAGAGAAAUAACGCAUAACUAAGGAGCUUAAAUGAACGGAGGGGCAUAACGUCCGCUUUUCAAGAAGCCCUCAUUAAGGAGCGACAUUAUGUUUUCACCCAAAAUCUGUUUUGAGGAGUGCUGACUUCUUCCUCCUAAAGGACUAAUGGAAGUUGACAUCUGCUUUGAAAACCAUCUGAAUUCAUGGAUUUCGUAAGGCCGAUGAGUUUAGUCAUGGAUGAUCGUGGAUCCCAGCCCCAUCCGCGGAGCACGUCCUUGAGGGUGUCGACCAAAACCAAAGCCCCGUCCCCACCAGGACUGAAGACAGCCGAUUGCUCAGGUUUCUCCCAGUGGCACCCAGGAAGCCCUCGUUUAACCAUGGACCAGAAGGAAAACCUGAUGGAUAAAGAGCUCUCUCUUAUUGUGGUUUUGCCUGGUGGAGUAGAAAAGAACACCCAAGUUGAAGGAAGCAAACCCCUGAUGGAUCUGUUGGUCACACUGUGUGCGAAGUAUCACCUAAAUCCAUCAAGCCACACUUUAGAACUGGUCACUGCCAACAGGAACAACAUCAAACUCAAGCCCAAUGCCCUUAUAGGAACCUUAGAUGCAGAAAAGAUCAUAUUGAAACCGAAGGGAGAGGAUAAAAAUAAGAAGGCUGGUCCACAGAUGCCAGAGACUACUGUUCGGAUGGUGAUAAACUACAAAAAGAUGCAAAAGACGGUGUUAAGAGUAAAUCCUAGAGUUCCCCUCCGUGAACUGUUGCCAGCGAUAUGUGAGAAAUGUGAAUUUGACACAGAGACCACAGUUCUGCUGAGAGACAUCACAUCAUCAGCCCCCUUAGACUUGUCGUGGUCUCUUAAUGAUUAUGCAAUAAGGGACGUUUAUGCAAAAGACACACAAGGACAAGUUGUUUCUCCUGUGUGCCUAAGCUCACCAGUCCCUGCAGGACUGGUAACUCCAGGGAAAGAUAAAAUUCAGAAAGAAAAAGAAAAUAAAGGCCUCUUCAGCAAAUUUAGAAAAAGCAAAAAGAAAUCAGACCAGCCAACGACUGUCAGUGCCCCAGCUUCUCCUGUGCUUGUCAGCAAGCCUCGACCGCUCAGCAUGGCCUUACCCUGCUCAAAUUCAACUCCUAUCGACUCUUCAACGUUCUCCGAAGUGCCAAAGAAGAGACGUGCGCCCCAACCGCCGAUUCUCACAUCUCAGAGCGGUCGCUCAGACUUCACCACCCGCCAGAGAAUCAACUCUGAACCCAGCACCCAACUUGAUGGGAUUCAGAGGAGUCCUUUAAGUCGCGGAUUCUCGGCAGAAUCUUCACUGAGGAGGACCAAACGCAAGGCUCCUGCACCUCCAACAUCUACAAGAACUAACGUUGAAAAAGCUUUGUCAGAAGAGGAACAUGCUCAAGCAACUACAGUUUCUUCCAUGCUGCAGGAGAUUAGAGAACAGGAGGAGGCUGCUGGAUCUGCAAGCUCUUCCGCUCCUCCCAAAACCCAGGGAGAGAAUGGCAUCCUCAACGUGUCCCCCGAAUCCUCGCUCCACUCACCUUCUCCAGAUGCAGAAAGUGGGAGUACAGUGGAGGCGGGUGGGGAAGAUCAGUGUCUUGAUCUAUCCUCAGAUGGCAAACGAGUGGACGGCACUGUAAAUGAUUCUGCAGCUCUGGGUGUUAAAAGUAAUGACACAAACUCAUUUGAACCCACUACCACUGAUAACGUUGCAGUUCAAGUUGAAGAUGUUCACCCACAGCCCAUCUGCAAAGAGCCGAAAGCUGAUGGCAAUGAAAGCGGCCUACUUCCUUCUGUAAAAAAGGAUGCAGAAGUUCAGGUGUCCAGUGACGCAAAUCCAGAACCCCCUCGAGAGCUGCCUGAUGGGUCGGCGAGUUCAGUGACAACCAGCACGCAGUGUCCCGCUGGAGAAGAUGCUCCGGUGCAAACGGAUUCCACGGGACUUGCUGGGCCUCCACAACAACAUGUGGACAAAGUCUCUUUAUCAACUGCUCCAGUCACCUUAUUGCCAGCAGAGAAAAAAGAUAUGUCCACUUCAACAGAAGAGCUAGAACCCUCUAAACCCUCCGAAGGCACAUCUCUCCACACUUCAUCAACCUCUCCGUGCAAAGAAAAAAAGUCGAGUGUGCCAGCCCCAAAGAAAGCAUCGCUUAUGCAUGCAGCAGACCUUGAGCUAAAGCCGAAGCCUUCGAAUGAGCUGACGAGAGAUUACAUCCCUAAAGUCGGGAUGACAACCUACACGAUCGUGCCUCAAAAAUCGCUUGAGAGACACAGAUACUUUGAAGUUGCACUGACACUGGAAGCGUCUCAAGAAUCUCCGGGAGAAGAACUUGAUUCCGUUUCUCCCGGUUUGAAAGAGGACCAGGGACAGACUGUAGUUUUAAGAGAGAAAACUGAACUAAACUCUAACUUACCCAGGGAUGACUUGCUGUCUAGCACAAUUAAUACCACUACUACUUUUAGUACUAGUACACUGCAACACACUGUAAAUGGAAGCAUACCUGAACCUCCUCCUCCCUCACCACCCAUGACUGUCCAGAUCACAGACAAGAUCUCCUCUGCUAAUGAAGCUUCCCAAGCAGGUUUGCCAACAGAGGUCAAGGACAUGAAAAUUCCACCCGCAACUAAACCUAAGCCUGCUUCUUUCCGCUUGGCACAGCACAAAAAAACACCUGGAUUUUAUGUAACUUCAGCUGCUGAGAAAAGCCCUAGUGCCACUCCUGCCUCUGGCCUCAAGGAAACUCAAGGGAGUCCAGAUAGAGCAGGCCUGCCCUCUCCACCUUCCCCUCCUCCACCACCGCUUCUUACUCCUUCUUUAUCUCCUGUACAGUGUCAAGAGGAGAUGGCAGAGGCCACUGGAGUUCAGCUUAGUCCGAAGCAGGGUGACAAGAAUGUGGCCUCUAUGCGAGUGACAAGGCAAAGCAGUCUGCCGUCAAGAGAGCUGAGUGCUAGGUUAAGCUUGGAAAAAUUUAGGAGCUUUGCAGCUCCUAGACCUUUUGCUCCUUCGACGCCAUCCCGCUUCGCCCAGGCUGUGUCCUCUGCUGUGAAAAGAAGCCAGUCUCUGUCCCAUGGUCCAAAAUCACCUCCCUCCAAGGUGUCUCCGCCUGUUUCUCCAAUUACAAGUCCGUCAUCAGUCAUCCAGUCAAAGGGUUUAUCUGAACUCAAGGGUGAGGAGGUUACUCAGAUGGCAAAAGAGACCGGACUGUAGCUGUGCUGUAACUUCUACAGCUAUUUUUUUUUUUCUUCACUGAGGGGGUAAUCUUGUUUUCAUUUUUCUCUAGAAGUCUUCAUCCUGUGCUAUGAGCGAAGAAGCGGUUUUCCUUUGAAACCUGUUUCCAUGGUCUUCGCCAACCUUCAUAAACCUUUGGAUUUUAAUGAUUAUUUUUGUUAUAUCAUUCUUUUUAUUUUAGGCUAUUUUUGGCUUCUUUUAUGUGACAACUUUUAUGCAUUUAAUGUGAAGAGUUGUGAUCAGUGAUGGUAAAUAAUCCUAUAAAUUAUUAGUGAUUCCCAGAGCAAUAAUAUUAUUGGAUUUAUUAAGGAAAUGCAUUAUCUAAAUAAUACGGAAUGUGUAAGACAGAUCAGGUAUGACCUUAAGUAAAUGUUUCCAUAUUUAAGUUUUAAUUUCCAUUCCAGUGGAUUCAGAAGAGCACUGCUGUGUACAUUUGUACUUGUUUGGUGAUUGUUGUUAUGAUUAAAGCUUUUAGCAAGCCA